CCAGCGAGCAUCGGGCCUUCAUGAUCAAUAACUUUGAUGAGUAAGCAUUGAAAUCCGCCACUUGAAGCGUCGCGCCGGCGAGCGUCGGGCCUUCGGCCGCGCUGCUUGCCGCGGAGCUGUUGACGGCGCGCUCGAGCUCGAGGCCGCCGCUCCACUUCUGCAGCGUGCCUGAGUAUCUCACGAGCAAGGAUGAGCAAUGAGCCGUUCCUGCUUGGGCCGCCACUUCUGCAGCGUGCCCGUGGUCGACGCCAUCGGCACCCACGAAGCUGUGGCGUACCUGGUAGCCAAAUCUCGGAUGAUCUCCGGUAAGUGGGUGAGCGCACAGCAACCUUGGGGCGGGGAGACGGGAUCGUGCAGCGCAUUCAAGACACAACGUGUACGUCUACCCCCGCAGGUGUGUUGCAUCUGGUGAGGCGUGCAGGUUGUCGAGGACAGCCACGAGGACAGACGGGAGGGAGAGGGCCGCGAUGCACGCCUAGAUCUCGGUUCAUCUCGGGUGAUCUCGCGUGAUCUGGGUGUCAGAGGGAGAGAGGGCCGCGGUGCAGGCCGAGAAGCCGAGGAGCAGCUUGCAAAAGAGGCGGCGCGGGUGGGUCCAGUUGUACAUGUAGCCGACGCACGCCUGCGAGCACACCGCGGCCGUUGGUCAUUCACACACCAUAUGCCAUCCACCGUUAGCAACUCGUCGAAGGC